AUGACUCCAUCCGCCAGUGCUCCCAGCAAUGGCGCUGGCAAUGGAAAUGCUGGCCAUGCCGACGCGCCGCCUCGUACUUCGACCUCCAAACACGCGAGGUCGCGUACCGUUAUCCCGACUCAAUCUGGAAAAUGGAUGCUAGGCAAAACUAUUGGCGCCGGUAGUAUGGGCAAAGUUAAGCUCGCCCGAAAGGAAGACGGUAGCGAACAGGUCGCAUGUAAAAUUAUCCCUCGUGGCUCGACCGACGAUGGCCAUCAGUCUCGUGCUGACAAGGAGCGCGCCGAUCAAUCCAAGGAAAUUCGAACUGCCCGUGAAGCCGCUAUCAGUACCCUUCUGAAUCACCCCCACAUAUGUGCCCUUCACGAUGUCGUUCGUACCAACCACCAUUGGUAUAUGCUUUUCGAAUACGUCAACGGCGGCCAGAUGCUCGACUAUAUUAUUUCCCACGGCAAGCUUAAAGAGAAACAAGCCCGAAAAUUUAGCCGACAAAUUGCAAGUGCUCUAGACUAUCUACACAGGAACAGCAUUGUGCAUCGAGACCUAAAGAUUGAAAACAUCCUUAUCAGUAAGACUGGCGACAUCAAGAUUAUCGAUUUCGGUCUAAGCAACCUUUUUGCUCCCCGCGGUCACCUGAAAACCUUCUGUGGAAGUUUAUAUUUCGCUGCUCCUGAAUUGCUGCAGGCCAGAGCUUAUACUGGGCCUGAAGUUGAUGUAUGGAGUUUUGGCAUUGUUCUUUAUGUUCUGGUUUGUGGCAAAGUGCCCUUCGAUGACCAAAGCAUGCCCGCGCUCCAUGCCAAGAUUAAAAGAGGCCUUGUCGAUUAUCCCGCAUGGCUAUCAAGCGAAUGCAAGCAUCUCCUUUCCCGUAUGCUCGUUACGGACCCCAAGCAGCGAGCGUCAAUGCAGGAGGUCUUGACGCAUCCCUGGAUGGCCAAGGGAUUCAACGGCCCCCCUGAUAACUACCUACCCAUUCGUGAGCCAUUAACAACUCCUCUCGAGCCAGAGGUCAUUCUUGCUAUGCAAGGGUUCAAUUUUGGCACACCCGAAAGCAUUAAUGCGCAACUUUCCAAAAUUAUCGAGUCCGAGGAAUAUCAGCGUGCUAUUAAGCUAUAUCAGAGGGAGAAGGACCUUCCUCAGCCUACCAAGGAUGCUGAGAAGAAGAGGCCGUUUGGCUUCGACUUUUAUAAGCGCAGAAAUUCUGGCACCAGCCGCGACACUUUGUCGGCCCCUAGUUCCGAGGCGCUCCAGAUCGGCAACGAUCCCAUGAACGCGUUUAGUCCCCUCCUGUCUAUAUACUACCUCGUCAAGGAGAAACAGGAUCGCGACCAUGCCGACAUGGUUCCACCAGCAGCGGGUCAAUCACGCGAGAGGGAAAGAGAAAAGGAAAGGGAAAGGGAAAGGGAGAAGGGGCGGGAGCGCGAGAAGGAGAGAGAAAAGGAGAGGGAGAGGGAGCGUGAGGCACGCGAAAGGGAGAAGGCGAAGGAACCAGAGCCUGUGCCAGAAAUUGCGACUCCUCAAGCAGCUUACACCAACUCCGGUGCUUACGAGAUGCCAGGCGAGAAGCCUACCGGUGGAAGAAGUAGGCCCCGGGCAAGGACGCACGGCGAAGACGACAUGCCAGAGCCACCGAAGCAAUCUCCUGCACCACCCGCCGAACCGAGAGUUGAGCAACUUCAGAAGAAGGAAGGUACUGCAGCUGGUAUUCUGCGUCGAUUCAGUACGCGCAAACGUAGGGAGCCUGAGCGUCUGGACAAAGAUCGAUCACAUCCUCCUGUGGUUCAAGUCCAUUCACCGGCCGAACCCUCACCUUUGGUACCCCGAAAGAGCUUCAGUAUGCGACGUGGCCGGCGCGAAAGGGAGGAUGCAUCGGAUUCGCAACUUCCAUCUGGCAGCGACCGUCGUCAGCAUGGUGAGCUUCUUAGCCCGCCCAUGUCAGCUGGCGGCACAAAGGACAACAGGCGCAGUGGUCUAGGGCGUUCGACUAGCGUCAACUCGGCAGACCUGAGGCGACGGAAGGAUGCUCCACCGACAAGUGGUUCUGAUCAAUCAGUGGCGAACGAGGAGUCCUCCAGCUCACGCCGCACCCACGGCCAUUCUCGGUCUGUGAGUCUAAGAGCCAAGUCUAUUGGCCAUGCUAGAAGAGAAAGUAUACAGCAACGUCGCACGAGGAGGGAGGCUGCCCAAGAGGCUAAUGUGCCUGAAGAGACGGACCAGGAACUUGAGCAGAGUGGUGUGUCCACAGAGCGAUUAGACGAUACUGAGCUCGCCAAGCCGGUCUUCCUCAAGGGACUUUUCAGCGUGUCGACGACAUCCGGCAAGUCAGUACCUGCGAUCCGAACCGACAUCAAGCGAGUGUUGCGGCAGUUGAAUGUGGACUACACGGAGAUCAAGGGCGGCUUUGUCUGCCGUCAUUCCCCCAGUAUCGACCUCAACAAGGUGCAGGAUCCGCCCAUGAGUCCUGGCAACACCCCAGGACAUAGACGACGCUUUAGCUUUGGAGGUCUUAUGCGGGGAGACGAUCGUGAACGUGAACGAGACGAGUUCCGAGACUCAGAACGACCUCCCACUACACCGCGAACUCCGGGACGAUCUGAUCGGGACCGCAGCUUUUCCAACUCUGAAACUUCGCUUGAUAGUAUUCCUGGCAAGAAUGGAGGACCAUCAAGGCGUGUUCCGGGAGAAACGAGCACGCAAGUGCAAAGUGACCUUGGAGGAAGCAUGGUAUUGGAGUUUGAAAUCUUUAUUGUCAAGGUGCCGCUCCUAUCGUUGCACGGCAUUCAGUUCAAGCGAACUACAGGCAACACCUGGCAAUACAAGAGUAUGGCGGACCAGAUUCUCCGAGAGCUGCGGUUGUAA